AUGAUGCAUCUUUCAACACUAGACGACUCCGUCAAUCGGUUCUGCUCCCAAUAUCUGCAGCUCGAGCCAACGCUAGAUUAUCCACCCGCUCAAGUUAUUCGAGAACCACAGGCCCAAAAUGCAAUCUACAAGAAGCUGUUUUCAGACGAAGGCCCACGCUACGCGCCCCCAGGUCGAUAUAGACUUCGUGUACUUAAAGAGCUUGUCGCGAGAAUAGAGUCGAGUAUUGAGGACUGGGACCAGCAUGAGGUUUCGGAAGAUCUCAUGACAGCCUUGUCAGAGUCUCUCGCGAAUCCAAUUCCCUCCGAGGCGUCUUCCGUCCAACAAAAGUCCUACGUCACAUAUCACCUUAGUGGACUGGAGAGCAUAUCCCCAGAUCAGCCGUUAUCUACGCCUGACAUCACCCUGCUUGAGGCCCGCUCGCUGAUCUCUGCGUCUGGCACCACGGGUCUCCGAACGUGGGAAGCCGCAUUGCACCUUGGCCAGUACCUAUGCGCCAACCAUCAGAUCAUCAACGGAAAAAGGGUCUUGGAACUUGGUGCAGGAACCGGAUAUCUCGCCAUCCUCUGCGCCAAGCACCUUGGUGCUGCUCACGUUGUUGCGUCGGACGGGUCUGAUGAUGUUAUCAACAACCUCCCAGAGAGUUUCUUCCUCAACGAUCUUCAAGACAGCGAGCUGGUCAGACCCAUGGAGCUGAGAUGGGGACACGCCCUCAUCGGAACAGAAGAUCAGAAGUGGAACAAUGGCGAGAGCGUCGACGUCGUCAUUGGCGCCGAUAUCACGUACGACCAGAGCAUCAUCCCAGCGCUUAUCGCGACGGUCGAGGAGCUGUUCACCCUCUUCCCCAAGGUGGAGGUCUUGAUAUCUGCAACUCAGCGCAACGAGGUUACCUUUGAGGCCUUCUGCAGCCGCUGCCGCGAACGCGCCAUGGGCUUGGACUACGUCGACUUUCCCAUUCCCGCCAGGGCGCUGCAAAAGGGCCCCCUUUACAGCGACAGCGUUCCCAUCCGGAUAUGCCGAGUGUCUGCGCCCUCGAGUACGAGCACAAGCGUGAUGUGGUGA